AUGGCUGUUGUAGCUGCUCCAGCAAAUUUGAAUGAUGCUCAAGAAGUUGAAAUCUUGAUUCCGUCAACAAAUAGUGAUGACAACAAAAAGCAUAAGCUUUAUCAACUAGAAAAUACGACAGCAUAUGCAGAUGAACAAAUUGAAAACGUUUUCAAUAGAUUAACGGAUGCUUCGCCAAUGAAAAGAGGCUUUGGUGAAAAUAUAUUGUUGAAUGUACCAACUUCAUUUUUUUAUUUAAAACUUAUGUGUUUAUCAAGUUCUCUGCAACAUACUAUCCUUAAUGCUAUUAUAUUUGCGGUAAAAUCGGAAUAUUUCGACAUUUUUUUUAAUGACAAUCAAUGUUCAUCAACAGCACAGGAAUUCGCCGUAACGAAAGAACAUACGAGUUCUCAAGAAAAACAGGAAGAAAAACGAGAAGAAAAACAAGAAGAAAAGCUUGAUCAAGAAAAACAAGAAGAAAAGCUUGAUCAAGGAAAACAGGAAGAAAAGUUUGUUCAAGGGGAAGAAGAAGAAAAAAAUUUUGAUCAAGAAACAGAAGAUAAUGCAGAUAAGAUUUGUGAAGACUAUGUCAUAUGUUGA